AUGCUAUUAUAUUGUUCAGCAUACUUCCUGCAGCGGUCUGAAUGCGUGCAGGUGAUUCUGGGCAGCCUGGUGACCUUCUUCUUCACCUACUUCUUCUACGGUUGGGCCUCUCUGCAGGCAUUGCUGGAAGCAGAUGGCGUGUACUUGGCCGUGUGCGUGCCAGAAGAGCCGCUGUGCUUGGAGCGCACGAGCCGCAUGAUCUUGCUGUUCACCGUGGACAACCUGGUCACUGUUGCCACAGCGGCCACGUUGUCCAUGGCCGUUGAUGUGGUCGGGCCGGCAUUGCUAGCGCUGCUGGGAGGCUGUGUGCAGGCCGCGGCUCUCCUGCUCAUGGCCUUCUCCACUGGGUCUGCCGAGACGCCCCUGGACGGCUUUUUGGUGGCCUUCAUCUUGAGCGGAGUAGGUGGGGCAGCCCUAAUGGUUCAGGCCAUGAAGCUCGCCUUCGCCAUUCAGCCCAGAUACUUUGCUCUUGUGAUGACGGCCAUAAAUGUCCUGGUGGACUCUUCUGCAGUCACUCCAUUGGGGCUCUACCGCCUAUACCUUGCGGGCAUCUCCCGCUUUGCCAUCUUUGCUGGCUACGGCAUCACUUGCCUUGCGCUGUCCCUUUCACUGGCUUUCUGCUGGUCAGGGAGCCCCAUGUGCAUCCUGAAGGCGCUGAAUGCAGAGGAGCUGAAAGCAGUAGAAUCGAGUGCCCAGGCAGAAGCAGAUGUUCUGGAGCCAAAGAAUUCUAGCAGCUCCAGCCGCCCGCGUUUGCAUGGGCUGCCUGUCAGAGACCAAGUUUGUUCCCUCGAGUUUGCGUUUGCGGGAGUUUUCCUGAUGACGCAGCUGUUUCGCAGCAACGCAUACCUUGGCAUCAACAAGGACUUGCUACAAUCUCUGGGGGAUGCAGAAAGAGACAACCUCUACACUCAGAUCUUCAGUGCCUUGCUGCCGGCCUCAGCCUUGCUGCUGCCUCUGUUUGACUUCUGCAUGACCCGUGGAGGCUUCGUGUUCACCUUCAGCAUCGUCCUGGCACUUGGCUUGGUCUGGGGAAUCAUUACCCUGAUUCCCUCGCUGGAGCUGCAACUUGUGGCCUUCGUUGCCUUUACAAAUUAUCGUGCUCUCUUGUUUGGGGUCUUCUUCACUUUUCUGGGCCACAGCUUUGGCAACCGAACGUUCGGUCGCAUCAGCUCACUGUGUUUCUUCCUGUCAGCCAGCCUAUCUUGGUUGAUCUGGCCGUGCACCAACAUAUCCAAGCAGCUAACUGGCGACCUUACAGCAAUGAACUUCUUCUUGCUGAGCCUGGGAGUGCUGCCCAUUUGGAUGACAAUUCUUUUAGCCAGGCACCUCAAGCAAUUCCCAACUGGUGACGUCUCCAUUCUGCGGGGCUCCGCGAACAACAAAGGAAUGGCCGCGGGCAAGUUCGAUUCAGUAUUUGUAGGGUCCCCCAGGGAGGUGCCCACGCCGAAGCGUUCGGGAUGGCGGUGGGGCAGAUGCUUGCAAACAUGCUUUGUGGCCUGA